UAGCAUAACAGUUUUUGACACGUUUAGACCGAGCUGGUGAUUGGUACGGUCAGAUGUAUAACGUUCGUGAUAGAGGCGCUAUAUAACGUUACAUAUAAUGACUUAAAGACUGGUGGGCCUGGUCAAACACAGCCAUAUUUCUCAGUGUACAUCAUGUCUGGGUUUACAAUCAGACGAGCUGUAGACGAGGACAUCGAGGAAAUAUUUCGGAUGUGUAUGGAACUUGCCGACCUUUCCGAUGAUGGGGAUUCUGUGAAGACAACACCCGAGACUUUGAGGCGAGACCGGAAGUAUUACGAAUGCUUUGUAGCAGAGGAAGCUACCACCGCGGAUUCCGCGUCACAACCUUUGAUAGGGUAUGCUUUAUACGUAUAUACGUUUUCCACCUGGGACGGACGCUCGGCCUUCCUCAAUGACAUCUAUGUUACUCCUGACCACAGAGGCAAAGGAAUAGGUACGGAUCUCCUGAGGACGGUGGCACAGGACGUCUUAGACAAUGGCUGUGUAUUAAUGGAAUGGUGUGUCCUUAAUUGGAAUUCGAACGCCAUCGAGUUUUAUAAAUCAAAAGGCGCCUUUGAUCUAACCGAAGCGGAACAUGUCCAUAUAUACAAGAUGCCGAAAUCUAGCCUAGAAAAAUUAGCAAAGUAAAAAUUUAGACUCCAUUAAAGUUCGUGUUGGUAAUAUAUGAAA